AUGGAGUCGGUACUCUUAUGCGACUCUUCCGAUGACGCUGACUCGGACUGGGAGGUUCUAGAGACCGGCUUCGAUGCUCCUCGGACACCUUCCUCCACUGGAGACGAAGCGGAGCCUGAGCGCCCCUCGUAUGCUCGAGCCUCAGAGAGCGGCGAAGACGAGAGCGAGUCACAGACGCAGACCCAUAGCGAACUCGUGCCUAGGCGAAAACCCGGCGGCUAUGACAGUCGGGUCGAGCAGAUUCUCUACGAGAAUCCGGAAACACCCAUUCUGAUCACAGAUGCUGGCAAGAGCCUGGAGAGCGGUGGGAAGUACAUUGUCUACACCAUUCGUACAGGGGACCUCGAGGUGCGCAGGCGAUACUCUGAAUUUGCCUCUCUCCGAGAUGCCCUCACUCGCCUUCAUCCAACUCUCAUUAUCCCCCCAAUUCCAGAGAAGCACACUAUGGCCGACUACGCCGCCAGUCCUCGAAAUGCGCAGAGUGACCAGCAAAUUAUUGACUUGCGAAAACGCAUGCUCGCAGUGUUCCUGAACCGGUGCCGAAGAAUGGAACAGGUUCGGACGGACGGCGUUUGGUGGAGAUUCCUCGACCCCAAUGCCAGCUGGAACGAGGUACUGCAUGCGCACCCUGUCGCAUCAGUCCCCAAAUCGAUCCUGAAGGCACCGCCUCUGGACCCGGCCAAUCCCACUGUGGCUCACAGUUACCUUCCGGUCCCCUCUACAUCUGCAAAGUUGAAGGUGGAUGCCGGCAGGACAGUUGAUCACGAUGACCACUCGCAAGGCGCAGGCGGCCAGGCAGUUCCUCGUUUCCCUCCAGAUUCGAGCAAUCUUAGCGAGCAAGAUCUUGAUCCAUACUUUACUGGUUUCGAAGCAUCGAUCAAGGACCUCGAACAACUGCUUACAGGACCCAUGGAAAAAGUCAACCGACGUACGCUGAGCCAUCUUUCGGCGCUCGCAUCUGAUCUCUCCGAACUCGGUGCUCGAUACAACGGCUUUGCGCUCUCCGAGCAAGCUCCAUCCCUGGGACCAGCCAUUGAGAGGGUCGGCCAGGCUGCCGACUCGUCGUACAUUGCUACCGAGGAGUUGUCAAGCUCUUUGGGAGCAAGCUUCGCUGAGCCAAUGAGAGAGAACGCCCAGUUCGCUGGAGUUGUCAGAACCGUUCUUCGGUAUCGAAUCUUGAAGCGUGUCCAGCAAGAGAUGACAAACGACGAGUUGAACAAGAAGCGUGCGCUGCUCGAUCAGCUCGAGCGAAGCGAGGCUGAAGCACGCCGUAUCGACCAGUACCUGAGCGGAAGCCAGCAGAUACAACCACCCAAGAGGUCGUCCAGCAUGAGAGAACCGCCAACCUCGUCACCUCCACGAGAAGGCAAUCAGGAGGACACUGCAUCCAUCGAUUCCGACUUCCCUCCUACGCAUGGCGACUUCUCGUCGGCGCCUUCGGCCAAGAUCGGUAGUCCCGAGAGGAGCACGAGCGUGCCGAGCCAUAAGAAGGCUCCCAGUGGGAACUCCAUCACCAACCGAAUCUUUGGUCCUAUCCGCCAUGCUGUCCAAGGCGUCGUGGAUGUAGACCCCGAGCGCACGCGCCGGGACACCAUUACCAAGACGAGAGAGUCUAUCGAGCAGCUUGAGCAAGCUCAGGUCGUGUCUGCACAGGAUGUCAAGGAUGCGAGCGCCGGUGUUCUCAAGGACCUUAAGAGAUUCCAGAAGGAAAAGGAAGACGACGUCAAACGCUACAUGCUGGCCUACGCCAAGAGCUACAUUGAAUGGGCCAAGAAGAACAAGGAAACCUGGGAGGAGGCCAAGACCGAGGUCAACAAAAUAGACGAGUCGUGA